AUCCAGAAGCACUAGGGUACUUGAUUUUGUCUUAAUUGCUAAGCCACAAAGACUGCAAACAUGUCGCUGGAAGACAUCCACAUGAACACCCAGGAUUUGCUCGAAAAAGAACAAUUAGACGCUGGAGGAUUUGGAACAAUUUCUUUAUGCUUUCACAAGAAACAUGGAUAUGUAGUCUUAAAAAAAGUGUAUACAGGACCCCAGCGCACCGAAUAUAAUGAUUCCCUCCUUGAAGAAGGCAGGAUUAUGCGCAGACUGCAGCAUGACCGUGUGGUAAAACUACUAGGUAUAAUUUUGGAAGAUGGAAACUACUCACUUGUGAUGGAGUAUGUGGACCGGGGGAACAUGAUGAAAGUGCUACAGAAACUCUCACUGCCUUUGUCAGUGAAAGGGCGUUUCGUGCUGGAGAUCACAGAAGGAAUGCUUUAUCUGCACGAGCAAGGCUUCGUACACAAAGACCUAAAACCAGAAAACAUCCUUGUGGACACAGACUUCCACAUUAAGAUUGCAGAUCUCGGUGCUGCCUCCUUUAAGAACUGGAGUCGGCUGACCCAAGAAGAGACUGUCCGAAAGAAGCACAUCAAGAGUACUUGCCAGAACAAUGUUGGCACUCUUUUCUAUAUGGCCCCAGAGCACUUACGCUCUGUUAAUGUAAAACCUGUGGAGAAAUCAGAUGUUUACAGCUUUGGCAUAGUGAUUUGGGCAAUUUUUGCUAACAAAGAGCCAUAUGAACAUGGUAUUAAUGAAGCCCAGAUUUGCUUUGGCAUCAUGAAUGGAAAUAGACCAGACAUAGAGGAGAUCACUGAAAAAUGUCCAGUGGAAAUUAUUGACUUAAUGAAACAAUGCUGGGAGCAAGAAUCAGAAAAAAGGCCAACCUUUGCAGAAAUUAGUCAAACAUACAAGCCAUUUUACUAUCAAAAUCUAGAAAAAAAUAUUGAAGAUGAUCUGAAGGAGUUAAAACAAACGGGGCCCGAGUCAAAUGAACUGCUGAAUAGGAUGCAGUCCCUUCAAAUAGAUGCUGUAGCAGAAGAUACCAGUAAUGGGCAAGUAGAUCAGCCUAAUUCUCUACACAGCUCUCAAGGUCCCAUGACCAGCCAGGUUAAUGAAGUCCUGUUUGCUGCCUCCCCUGAUAACCAGCCUGUUGAGAGCUGUGAGACCUCAUUUACAUCUGCUGAUAAUCUAGAAAGAAAACUUCAGCGGGAAUACAACUACCAUGCAUUUGGGAGCCGGAUGGAUAAAGCAGUUCCACCUGUAGUAUACACCCCUGAAAUGAGAGAGGAAGAAAAGAGACGAAGAGUUUCCUAUGAUCCAUUUACAAAGCCAUCUCCUACUCCUCAAUGGAAUGAACCAUAUUCAAGAGCUGAAAAAACAGGAUCAAACACUAAUCCGUAUUUUUGGCCACAGCCAGCUGCAACAACACCAAAACGGGGAAAUGUAGAUCCUUUUUACGGGCCAAACCCUAACAAUCUUCUAAUGGGAAACACAGAGGAUCUCUAUGGAUUGUGUUCAGCCAGUGCCUUUAGCCUAAGUAAACCUCCUGUGCCUGAAUCUGGCCCAAACCUGCAGCCACAGACCAACGUAAACUGGUAUUCAAAGAAUGCAGACACAGAUACAGGUAACAAGGUUUCCACUUCUUUCACAAUGGGAACUUUUACAUAUUAUCCUCCUACACCCAGAGUAAACACAGAAGAUUCAAUCAGGUACAACAUAAGUAAUAGUUCUGGAAUUCAAAUUGGAUCCUACAAUCACAUGAAGAUUGAAGAGCAAAAUCAACACAUCAGCACUUCUCCUGUUACAGAAGCAACUUAUACGCAUUACGAAGCAAUGGGUAUAUUUGACAAUUCUACUGUCCUUACUGAGAAACAUCUGAAUCUAGUGAGAGAAAAGUUGGCUAAACAGUGGAAGCACUGUGCUCGUAAACUGGGUUUCUGUGAUCCCGAGAUUGAUGAAAUUGAUCACGACUAUGAAAGAGAUGGACUAAAAGAAAAAGUUUACCAAAUGCUGCUUAAGUGGGUAAUGAGGGAAGGCUCCAAAGGUGCUACAGUUGGAAAGCUUGCCAAAGCCCUCUUUGGCUGCCAAAGACUAGAUCUCCUUACUAGUUUGAUGCAAAUCAACGAUGAUUAA